GCUCACGUCACCAUUUCGAGUGGGAGUUGAAGCUUCCUUUCGAAGCCGUACGCGUUCAUUCGUGCUAACGCUUUUGAGUUUACAUCAAAACAAUAUCGCGAGCGUGUUUGUUUUUUUGUUUAAAAAAACAUAUUAAUUGUAAUAUCGUUUGCGGGGUUUUUUUUGUUUGUUUGUUUUUUUAAUUGUGAAAGCGGACCUUGCUGGUUGGGAGAUAAAAAUGAGCGUAGAGGCGUACGGGCCGAGCUCGCAGACUCUCACCUUCCUGGACACGGAGGAAGCGGAGCUGCUCGGAGCCGACACGCAGGGCUCGGAGUUCGAGUUUACCGACUUUACCCUGCCGAGCCAGACCCAAACACAAGGCCAAACCCAGAGCCAGCUAGACAACCAGGUGAACGGGCCUGAAGGAGUUCUGCAGAACGGUGAUGAUGCUGUGGUGAAAACCAGUCAACUUCUGGCAGAGUUGAAUUUCGAGGAGGAUGAAGAGGACACCUAUUACACCAAGGAUCUCCCUGUGCACGCCUGCAGUUACUGUGGCAUUCAUGAUCCUGCCUGUGUGGUGUAUUGCAACACUAGCAAGAAGUGGUUCUGCAAUGGACGUGGUAACACCUCUGGCAGCCAUAUCGUCAACCAUUUGGUACGUGCCAAAUGUAAGGAGGUGACCCUGCAUAAAGAUGGUCCUUUGGGGGAGACCGUGUUGGAGUGUUACAACUGUGGCUGUCGUAACGUUUUCCUUCUGGGUUUCAUUCCAGCCAAGGCCGAUUCUGUCGUGGUGCUCCUGUGCAGGCAGCCAUGUGCCAGUCAGAGCAGUCUGAAGGACAUUAACUGGGACAGCUCCCAGUGGCAGCCUUUGAUCCAGGACCGGUGCUUUCUGUCCUGGCUGGUGAAGAUUCCAUCUGAGCAGGAGCAACUCAGGGCACGCCAGAUCACCGCCCAGCAGAUCAACAAACUGGAGGAGCUCUGGAAGGAGAAUCCAACUGCGACGCUUGAGGAUUUGGAGAAGCCUGGUGUAGAUGAAGAGCCUCAGCAUGUGCUGCUCCGCUAUGAGGAUGCCUACCAGUAUCAGAACAUCUUUGGCCCAUUGGUCAAACUGGAGGCAGACUAUGACAAGAAGCUUAAAGAGUCCCAGACCCAAGACAAUAUAACUGUCAGGUGGGAUUUGGGACUGAAUAAAAAAAGGAUUGCUUAUUUCACCCUUCCCAAGACGGAUUCAGGUGACAUGCGUCUUAUGCAAGGGGAUGAGAUCUGCCUACGUUACAAAGGAGACUUGGCUCCUCUCUGGAAGGGUAUCGGACAUGUAAUCAAGGUCCCGGAUAACUAUGGAGAUGAGAUUGCUAUAGAACUGAGGAGCAGUGCUGGAGCUCCUGUGGAGGUGCCCCACAACUUCCAGGUGGACUUUGUCUGGAAAUCCACUUCCUUUGACCGCAUGCAGAGUGCCCUGAAAACGUUUGCAGUAGAUGAGACAUCCGUGUCUGGUUACAUCUAUCACAAGUUGCUUGGCCACGAGGUAGAGGACGUGAUCAUUAAGUGCCAGUUACCCAAGCGUUUCACUGCCCAGGGCCUGCCUGACCUCAACCACUCACAGGUGUAUGCUGUUAAAACGGUGCUCCAGCGUCCCCUCAGUCUGAUCCAGGGGCCUCCUGGUACUGGCAAAACUGUUACCUCAGCAACUAUUGUUUACCAUCUGGCUAGACAGGGCAACGGGCCGGUUCUGGUAUGUGCUCCCAGCAAUAUCGCGGUGGACCAGCUGACAGAGAAAAUUCACCAAACAGGACUGAAAGUGGUGCGUCUUUGUGCCAAGAGCCGAGAGGCCAUCGACUCUCCUGUGUCCUUCCUGGCUCUUCACAACCAGAUUCGCAACAUGGACAGCAUGCCAGAACUGCAAAAGCUGCAACAGCUGAAGGAUGAAACAGGAGAGCUGUCUUCCUCGGAUGAGAAGCGCUACAGGGCCCUGAAACGCACUGCAGAACGGGAGCUACUCAUGAAUGCAGAUGUGAUCUGUUGUACUUGUGUGGGUGCGGGUGAUCCUCGUCUGGCUAAAAUGCAGUUCCGCUCCAUCCUGAUAGAUGAGAGUACCCAGGCUACUGAGCCGGAAUGCAUGGUGCCAGUAGUGCUGGGAGCCAAGCAGCUGAUCCUGGUGGGUGAUCACUGCCAGCUAGGUCCAGUGGUCAUGUGUAAAAAGGCUGCUAAGGCGGGUCUGUCCCAGUCUCUUUUCGAGAGACUGGUGGUGCUGGGCAUCCGACCCAUCCGCCUUCAAGUGCAGUAUCGUAUGCACCCUGCACUCAGCGCUUUCCCCUCCAAUAUCUUCUAUGAAGGAUCUCUCCAGAAUGGAGUCACUGCUGCUGACCGCAUCAAGAAGGGCUUUGAUUUCCAGUGGCCUCAGCCAGAUAAGCCCAUGUUCUUCUAUGUGACACAGGGCCAGGAAGAGAUUGCCAGCUCAGGCACCUCCUAUCUUAACAGGACUGAGGCUGCUAAUGUAGAGAAAAUCACCACUCGCCUUUUGAAGGCCGGAGCCAAACCUGACCAGAUCGGCAUAAUCACUCCAUACGAGGGCCAGCGCUCCUACCUGGUGCAGUACAUGCAGUUCAGCGGUUCUCUUCAUACUAAGCUCUACCAGGAGGUAGAGAUAGCCAGCGUGGAUGCCUUCCAGGGUCGUGAGAAGGACUUCAUUAUUCUAUCCUGUGUCCGGGCCAAUGAGCACCAAGGCAUCGGCUUUCUUAAUGAUCCACGCAGGCUGAACGUGGCCCUCACCAGAGCCAGAUACGGUGUGAUCAUUGUGGGGAAUCCUAAAGCUCUGUCUAAACAGCCACUCUGGAACCACCUGCUGAACUACUACAAGGAGCAGAAGGUUCUGGUGGAGGGGCCCCUCAACAACCUGAGAGAGAGCCUCAUGCAGUUCAGCAAACCUCGCAAGCUCGUCAACACCAUCAACCCUGGAGCUCGUUUUAUGAGCACUGCCAUGUAUGAUGCCAGGGAGGCCAUGAUCCCUGGCUCUGUGUAUGACCGGAGCAACACUGGUCGUCCGUCGAACAUGUAUUUCCAAACUCACGACCAGAUCGGGAUGAUUGGAGCAGGGCCGAACCCUAUGGCCUCAAUGAAUAUUCCCAUACCCUUCAACCUGGUCAUGCCCCCCAUGCCCCCACCGGGUUACCUGGGCCAGAUUAAUGGCCCGGCUGCUGGCCGCGGAGCUCCAAAGGGUAAGACGGGUGGGCGUGGUGGACGUCAGAGGAAUCGUGGCAUGGGUAACCAUGGCAGUGGACAGACUAACAUGGCGAACAGCCAGGCCAGUCAGGAUCUGGUGUCUCAGCCCUUCUCCCAGGGCCCACUCACCCAGGGCUACAUUACCAUGAGCCAGCCCUCACAGAUGAGCCAGCCAGGCCUGUCCCAGCCUGAACUAUCCCAGGACAGUUACCUGGGUGAUGAGUUCAAGUCUCAGAUGGAUGUGGCUCUGUCCCAGGAUUCCACUUACCAGGGUGAACGGGCAUACCAGCACGGAGGAGUGACCGGACUCUCUCAGUACUAGAGUGUUGUUGGAACUGGAGCUAGGCCUACGCUGAGCUUAGUUCAUCAGCAUUUUAAAUCUGGGUAAAUAUAAAAAAAGAACAAACAUGGAUGCCCGUUUUCCACUGUUACAACUGAAGCACCAUGGUGUGAGAACAACAGGAGAGAAUCAAACCAAUCACGUGUGAAAAAAGAGGGAGAAAAGCAGGAUAAGAAAAGAGGGAACGAAAGAGAGUGGCGGGAGGAAACCACCCCACCACUCGCUAAGGAUGGGAAGGAGUAGAGAGGAGCAGACGCAGCAUAGGAGGAGACGAUGUAGGAGGGAAACCAAACGAGAUCUUCGAUCUGCAACUCCGCAUAGUCGAGGCGCCUCCUGGGGAGCAGGGCAGUCCCUUACCUGCCUCCUCUCUCUCGCCAGGCUGCAGCCGGCAGCCGCAGACCUCGCUCUGCCACCUGAGACGGAGAGAAGACGAAGUUCUCUUAAAACUACCUGCAAAAAAAACGCCACGCUUGCUCUGUCGUCUCCACAAGCUGAAAGAUGAGGUGACGUCUUUAAAAAAAAAAAAAAAAAAUUUAAAAAAGAUCAAAUAAAGAUGAUUUUUUUAAAAAACGCUUUUAAGCAGCUGAUUUUGGGGAAAAUUUUCCCUUCAAAGUUGGAAUCUGACUUUGAGAUAUUACCACCAAACAUCUUUGAGAGGAUGGGGAAACAUCUACGGCAGAGGGUUCUGGUUUUACUCAGUUUUUUUUUUCUUUUCUGGUGGUCCCAUCUUUACAAAUGGUGCUAGGAGUCUCUGAAGAAAGAUUCAACUUUGAGGAAAGUUUUCUGGUUGAAGGUUGUGGAUUAGUGGUUCAGAAAUGGAACAGCUGUGAGAGAUGUCACCUGCUCUGGGUGUCUAACAAUGGAAAAGGAGGAGAGUCUUAACAAAUGGCUUUGUGAUAUUUUUUUUUAACAAUAUAUCAAAAUGGAAGAGUUGAGAGAUUUGAAGUUUUUCUUUGCCAUUUUAAACAAAUUGUUUUGAACCCGGAUAAACAAUUGCAGCAGAACCUAAAUUUAGGGUUAGGUCGUUAGUGGCUUGUUGAUGUCUCUAUAUGGGGAAACCCUGAGGUCACAGGCGCACAAGAAAACGAGCCAAAAAGCCAGUGGUCGAGCCGCUAUUCUUCACAGUGAGCUGCAUAACGUGAGCUGACAAGACUGCAGGAGAUAAUACAGAGUUCAGAGAAUUAGCUCAACCUGUAGGACGAGUAAAGUGCUGCUCUCGUGUUCAACAGCAGUUCUAGCAAGUAGCAUAUCGAUUGUGGUCAGCUCCUCUGGCUUCAGUACCGGCAUUAAAAUCUUUAUGCUUCCCCUACAGGCAGUGCUGCAAAACGAAAAAAGAUUUCUCUACCCACCCACCCCACCCCCAUAAUCGCCCACCUAUUUAGUAAAAGUCAUUAUAAUGCACCACAUAUCAGACUGAGUUCUUCAGUUAAUUUAUUCCUAUACUUGAGUUUGAACCAUGAGUUAAAUAUAGCCCAAAAUCACAAAAGUGGCCGUUUUGUUAAAGGGUAAAGGUCAGGCAGGUGGGAUUCUCUCUGUUGUAUCUGUUUACCACAAGCAGACUGAGAGAGGCUGCUGUACUCAUCUCUUGCUUACUUGGAUGCCAGUGUGCGCAUAGAUGGUAGUGUUCUGCUAAGGAGGUUGUGUAUGUGCCUCCAUAUUAAUUGUCUCUCUUAUUUUGUGAUUAAGUUGUUGUUUUUUUUCCCCCUGUCAUUGGUUGUUGAAGUUGCUUUACCCCUUACUUACUGUCUUUAUUAUUUUAAUACCUAAAUUGCAUAUUUCAUUUCUAUAGUCUAGAUAUGAAUGUGAGGUGUACCAAAAUAUCCACUUCAUGAUCUAAGACUUAUUUUUUCUUUUUUAAAUAUAAAUCCUUUCUUUUCUAAAGCUGUGCUCGUAUAAUGCUUUGAUGCAGCAACAUGUGAUGCCUUGUCAUUUUCAUUAACCCUAGAAUGUUCAUGCCUUGCAGUUAUUCCUUGCUUAGUGUCACAACAGCUUGGCGUUACUACCUUUUUAGUCUUUGCUCUAAACUGGGAGGAAAAACUUCCACUCUUGGAGUCACAGUUGUUAAUUUAAAGCCUUUUGUCGUCUGAUUUAUAAGAAAUUACAAAAUGUUUAUUUCUGCCGUUCACUGCUUGUGUGCAUAGCGCUUUCAUGUUCUAGUUAUUCUCAUUGGUAGUAUCAAAGCUAAAUGUAGACUAUACAUCUGAAAUUAAACAGGGAAUUAAAUAUCCAGAACAUAGCUUCAUGUUCUUUUCUUUUUUUUUUUUUCUUUUUUUUUUAAUCUAUUCCUCUCCUCUGACUGACUGACUGAUGUGAAUGGUUUCCUUUACUUUGGUGUGGUGUACUUUGUAAGCAGAUACUGCCCAUAUCAAUAAUAAAAGGUUAUUUAUUUCUUCUUUUUUUUUGUGAGACAUGGCUUAAGUAACAACAACCAGAGUGAGAAUGAGGAACACCCAUUAUGUGAGGUUGUUCGGGUGAUUGAAUAGAUGCUGUAUGUUUAUUCUAAGACUUUGGUACUCUAAUAUGACCAUGUUAGACUCGCAUACUUACCCAGCUGUGAGAUGACAGCCUGCUGAGAUUGCAAUCAGGAAAAAAUAAGAGGGGAUUAAUACUGAGAACAUGGAGGAAGUACCCUGACCUACCUGAGGGUAGGAAGAAUUUACGAGAUACGAGAAUGAAACUUUCUUUAAUGAAAUCUUUCCCCACAAUAUGUAAUUCUUGCAAUGUUACUACAAUAAAUGUUGCUUUGUUUCACUCAAAAA